AUGCUGGACCCCUUCCCACAGCCGCCGGAAUGGCUACGGAGCUUGACAGAGCCAUAUGCCCUCCGGUUCAAUAGCCCGACGCUCCCCGACCAUAUCCAUGAGGUGUUGCUCGCCUUCGCCUUCUACCAAUUCAUCCACUCGUGCCUCUCGCCAUGGCUGUCGCCGAUCCUCUUCCCGCACCACUACCCCCAAUUUAACCGCCGCACCAAGGUCAACUGGGAUAUCCAUGUUGUGUCGCUGGUGCAGAGCACCCUGAUCAACGCUGCAGCCUUGUGGGUCAUGUUCGUCGACCAGGAGCGCCAGUCCAUGUCGGCCGGCGAGCGGGUCUUCGGGUACACUGGCGCCUGUGGCAUGAUCCAGGCAUUGGCGGUUGGCUAUUUUGUGUAUGACCUGAUUGUCAGCAUUGUCUAUGUGCGCAUUUUCGGCAUUGGUCUGCUCUUUCAUGCCGUCAGUGCCCUAUGGGUAUUUAGUCUUGGCUUCCGGCCCUUUGUCAACUUCUAUGCCCCCGUCUUCAUCCUCUACGAGCUCUCCAGCCCGUUCCUGAAUAUCCACUGGUUCCUCGACAAGGUCAACAUGACCGGUAGCCGCACCCAGUGGUACAACGGCAUGCUCCUUCUCUUCGUCUUUUUCGCAUGCCGCCUGGUCUGGGGCACCUGGCGCUCAAUCUCAGUCUACUGGGACAUGUGGUAUGCCCUACAGCAGACAUGGUCGGCGUCUUCGUCAUCGUCUCCACUCCUGGAACCGGUCAACAUCAACGCCCAGGUCUUCCACCCGGUCCGCGAUGGCAGCAUGUGCAUGGACGAGACAUGCGCGCGUGCCAACGCCGAGAUCACGCGCUACGCCGAGCACACGGCCGCCGGCGUGCCUACCUGGCUGGUCGUGACCUACGUCGCGUCCAACAUGAUCCUCAACUCCCUCAAUUACUUCUGGUUCGCCAAGAUGGUUGAGACUGUGCUCAAGCGCUUCCGUCAGCCUCCUGCUGCUGCCGUUUCCGAGGAGGAAAAGCAGAAGAUGAAAGAGGCUGGUCGCCCUCUUGCAGAGAAGGUCCCUCCGUCGAAGGAAGAUUUCGCUCAGGAUGUUAUCUUGGAGGCUGCUGCCAAACUCGAGAAGGAAGAGAGCGCCUUGUUGCAAGGUGAUCUGUUGCCGGAGCAGAUCUCCUCGGCUGUUGAUGCAAAACUGGGCGAGGAGCUGCGGAGGCGCAGGGCGGAGUUGGUGGCUAAGGUACCUUUGCCUGGGGCUUGA